GUAAACAUGGCCGACAGCGCGAGCGAGAGCGACUCGUCCUCUGUCACCGAUGGCCCGAUUAUGCAGCCUCCUUCCAUGCCUCCUUCGCCAAUCACUCGGGAGCAAUGGCAGAAGAGGAUCGAGUGCUUGCAACAGCAAAACCGGGUGCUGAGGGCGGAGCUGGAGACGUAUAAAUUGAGGGUAAAGAGCCUCCACGAAGAGAACAGGGCGUUGCGUCAAGCUUCUGUCAAUAUUCAAGCACGGGCGGAGCAGGAGGAAGAAUUUCAUCAGUAACACUUGCAAAGAAGACCCAAAACCCCAAAGAAGGAAGUUUUCCAUCCUGGUAAAUGUAGUCGUGUUGAAAAUGCAUUUGUGGAAUGUCAGUGCCAUGCCUUUGAAGUUGAAGAGAGCUAUGUUAACCAUAUUUUUUCUUUUUCUCUGCUGCUUUCAGUACAGAUUUUUAAUUUUUAUUUUUUAGAACUUAAGAAGUGUGUUGAGGAUGCCUAUGCUAGAAGCAUGCUGCAGGAGGAGAAGUUGCGUCAGGAGAAGGUCGAGCUGGAGCAGACACUGGAGCAGGAACAAGAGUGCCUUGUAAACAAGCUUAUGCGUAAGAUUGAGAAGCUAGAAACAGAAACUGCAGCUAAACAAAAUGACUUAGAAACACUUCGUAGAGAGAAGAUUGAAUUAGAGAAUACCUUAGAGCAAGAACAAGAAGCAUUAGUCAACAAGUUAUGGAAAAGAAUGGACAAGCUGGAAGCUGAGAAAAGGAUGCUGCAGGGCAAAUUGGAACAGCCCAUUUCCAACCCCCCUUCGCCUGCAGAUUUCAACCAAGGGGACAGGGCCAACAACCUCUCGUCGCACAUCCAACACCUUCGCAACGAGGUCACCCGUUUUAGGGAGCAGCUCACAAGUGCCCAGGAAGAACACAACCGCACAACCCAGCAAUAUGCAAAUGAGGAGCGGCUGAUCCGGGAGGAAAACCUCCGGCUGCAGAGGAAGCUCCAGAUGGAGAUUGAGCGGCGGGAGGCCCUCUGCCGCCACCUCUCUGAGUCAGAAUCCAGCCUGGAAAUGGAGGAGGAACGGCACUACAACGAGGUGGCAUCACAGCGGCACCGCACUCUCUCUAGCCCUGUGCCCUACAACCCCUCACCUAGCUCCUCCAGGCCACUCUCCCCAGAUUCAGGGUCUAUCCAGCUACAGUGGCGGCAGAGACCUGUUCUCCCCCCCAAGCCCAUGGGCCGCUGCCCCCACUGCGGCCAGGUGAUCCUCCACCACCCACCGCCCACAGCCCCCCCGCCCUCCUACCUGCCCUCCACUUCACCACCUCCCCCACCUGUAAUCUCACCUGCAACUGUUUACAUCAUCAAUUCAGAAUACAGUAUUUCCUUUACAAAUGAAAGUUUUAUACGUCAUAUUCAUCAACAUAUGAAGAUAACCCUCAGUGAUGGUAUCAGAACUCUCUCGGCAUCACUGACUCUGGUGACUUUUGGCAACCAUCCUGCCUUUGUUGUGACAGCUAUAAGCAUGGCCCGGCAAAUACAGGAUAAGGUUUUUAAACUAGCCAAUGCAAGGCUUGCACCAAAAACACAUUUCCAGAGACAUGGGACCCGCACCUCCCAGGAGCGCUUCGUCAAGCCCAUCGCUCCGCCUCCUACCAGUUCCACGCUGCUGGCCACACCCCCUGGCCCCCACCACCCCCCAGCGGCGCCCUCAGGGUCCUCCUCCUCCUCCUCCUCCUCAGGAGCGACCAAUUCCUUGCCGCCCAGCCAUCCCCCUCCACCUCCUCCCCCCGUGCCCGCCCCCCAGCUGCCCCCCUCCCCGCACCCCCUCGCACCCCCCUCACCCAUGGAUAUGGCUUGCAGUCAUAUCGAGGCAGUUAAUGGCAUCGCUCCCAAUAUCUCUUCCCUUUACCCCGAAUCAACCAAUCUCUACUACCUCUCUCCCCUAGUCAAAUUCCUUAUCCAGUCUAAAUUCAGAUACUCCAGUCUCUACCACUUCCCUGAAACUCUUGAAGACAUUCAAAAGUUUAUCAACAUGACUCAAGACAAUGAGCCACUCCCUCAUCCACCUUCUAAUCCCUUUAUUCGAUCUACAUUCAAACGUUCUACAACCUUCAACACCUAA